AUGAGCCGUGCGCUGUUCCUGGGGCUGGACCUGUCCACGCAGGCGCUCAAAGCCUCGCUCCUCGAUGCGAAUUUGCAGGGAAUCGACGAGGCGCAGGUCCGCUUUGACACGGACCUCGACGAAUUCCAUACGCAGGGUGGAAUUUUGCCCAAGGGCGACAAGCUGCUCGACACGCCCGACGCGGCCGCGGCGCCGGUCGCCAUGUACGUCGCGGCGCUCGACAAGCUGAUGGACCGUAUUGUGCACGAGAGAAAGUGGCCCGUAGAGCGCAUCGCAGCCAUCAGCAGCGCGGGGCAGCAGCACGCGUCGGUGUACUUUACGCACGACGCGGCGAAGCGCCUCGCGGGCGUCUCGCCGGAGAAGCCGCUCGCGCCACAGCUCGGGCGGGGCGUGUUCUCGCGUGCGAUCGUGCCCAACUGGCAGGACGCGACGACGCUCGAAGAGUGCGACGAGCUGAUGCGCGUCGCCAACGCGGCGUUCGGCGAAAAGCACGUCCCGGCGCUCUGUCGCGUGACGGGGAGCAUUGCGCACACGCGCUUCACGGCCGCACAGAUCCUGCGCUGGCGCAAGAACAAGACGGAACAGUACACCAACACGGCGUACAUCACGCUCGUGAGCAACUUCCUCACGUCGCUCCUCUGCGCAGGUUCGGUCGUGACCAAGAACGGCAUGGCUCCGCUCGACAAGAGCGACGCGUGCGGCAUGAACCUGUGGGACAUGAGCGCCCAGCCGCCGCGCUGGAGCGCACCGAUCCUGCAGUACAUCUCGAAAGAGACGCGCCUUGACAGCGAGGGACGCAUCCACUCGGGCACCACGGCGUGUGGCGGCCGCGCGACGCUCGAGCGCAUGCUGGGGCCGGUGCUCGCGGACCCGGCAGAGCCGGUGGGGCACAUUGGCCAGUGGCUCCAGCGCCGCUACGGCUUUGCGCGCGACUGUCUCGUGUGCCAGGCGACGGGCGACAACCCCGCGACGCUGCAGUGCCUCACGCCGCGCUUCGGCGAGGCAGUGCUCUCGCUGGGCACAUCAGACACCAUUCUUUUGCCGAGCAACGCAUACGUGCCGGAUGCACAGUACCACACGUUUGCGCACCCCGCCGCACGCGACGGCGAUCGCUCGGCGAACGCCACCGCUCCCUACUUCCUCAUGUUUGUGUACAAGAACGGGUCGCUGGCCCGCGAGUGGGUGCGCAACACCUACUGCGACGGGUCUUGGAACACGUUUGACCAGGCGAUCGAGUCGAGUGCGCAGCGUGCGCCGGGCUCCGAAGGCGUCGGCUUCUACUGGCUCCGCCCGGAAAUCCUCCCGUGGGACGCGCGGGGCACGCACCGUUACCAGCGCAAGGACCGCGAGUGGGAGCAGGUGGACGAGUUCACCGACCCCCGCAGCAAUGCCAUGGCCAUGGUCCAGAGCCAGUUCCUCGACUUUCGCAUGCGCAUCGCCCAGGUCCUCGCCGCGUCCAAGGCGGCCGAGCAGCGCCUUGAGCGCGUGUACGUCGUCGGUGGCGCGGCAGAGAACCGCACGCUGUGCCAGGUCCUUGCGAACGUACUGGGGUGCGAAGUUGCACGCCCAGUCAUCCAGGGGCGCUCGGCGGACUCGAACGAACAUGUCGCCUACAACUUUUGCUCGGUCGGCGCCGCGUACCGUGCGCGCUGGGUGUGGGAGUGUGCACAGAGCGGCUCGGCGCCGUCGUUUGAGGACACCAUUGCGAACGCACGCAAGAACGGCGGCGCGGGCGCGGCGUACGAAGUGAUUGCCAGGCCGGAUGCCGACCGUGCGCGUGCUUAUGCCGAGUUCUCCGAUGUGUGGAUGGUGCUUGAAGAGUACGCGAUCCGCGCGGGGGCCAAGGCGAACAAGUAG